UUGAGUGAGUAACUGCCAAUGCCAGGAGAGCAAGGGAACAAAAGAAACAUGGUUAGGAUUAUGCUCUGUGGUGCUGCUGUGUGCUCUAGUCUAGUGAAGACUCAAAGCCUGAGCUUGGUAGCUCCAGGGGAUUUAGCAGCAGCAGCAGCAGCAGCAGCACCACAUGAUCCAGCCAUCCCGUGACUCUCAUCACUGUAAGCUAAAGAGAAAUAUGAAGAAAAAGUCCCAAUUCCCUCUUAGGAACCUGAAGAGCUGCUGCUUCAUUCCUUCUCUGGCCUUCUAUUCCCAGCCAGACUUUCUAUGGCCUCCCCUCGAUUAGAGACUUUUUGUUGCCCCAACCGGGAUGCAGCUACACGACUGGUCUUGACUUUCCAACCUGAGGUCUUCUGUGGGGUUUGCAUUGGCAGUGCAUCAGCCAGUUUGUUACUUAGCAUCCUGCAGCUCCUCCCCAAGAAGGGACAAGGCCCCCGGAAGAUGCCUAAAGCCUCCUCUUCUACCACUAUCCUCCUCCUCAUCUCUGCCUGUGACAUGCUUGGCUGUCUAGGUAUAAUCUUCAGAUCAACCGUCUGGUUAGGGUUUCCAGGCUUUGUAGCAAACAUAUCUGUGAUGAAUGGCACUGAUGUGUGGCCUGCUGCCUUUUGUGUGGGAAGCGCGAUGUGGAUUCAGCUCUUGUACAGUGCUGGCUUUUGGUGGCUGUUUUGCUAUGCCGUAGACUCCUACUUGGUAGUUAGAAGAUCAGCAGGACUAAGUACAAUUGUGUUGUAUCACAUGAUGACAUGGGGCUUGGCAAUCCUGUUGUGUAUAGAGGGAAUUGCUAUGCUGUAUUACCCUUCAGUUUCCAGUUGUGAAGAUGGUUUGGAACAUGCAAUUCCUCAUUAUGUUACAACGUAUGUUCCAUUGGUACUGGUGUUGCUGGCCAACCCAAUACUUUUCAGCAGAACGGUGACUGCAGUUGCUUCUUUAUUGAAGGGAAGACAAGGCAUCUAUACAGAGAAUGAAAGACGCCUGGGGACGGAGAUCAAAGUCCGCUUUUUCAAAAUUAUGCUAGUCUUUGUCAUUUGCUGGUCAUCAAACAUUAUCAACGAGAGCCUUCUGUUUUACCUGGAAAUGCAACCUGAUAUUAAUGGAAGCCCCUUGAAAAGUAUCCGAAACGCUGCACUGAUCACGUGGAUUAUAAUGGGAGUACUGAAUCCAAUGCAAGGCUUCCUCUUCACUCUGGCUUUCUAUGGAUGGACUGGGUGGAAAGUGGACCUGCCAUGGCGAAAAAGUGAAAUACCCUGGGAGUCCCUGUCUACCUCCAAUGCAGCUGAAAAUGCCUAUGCAUUGCCCGGUGGGAACUCAGUAAAUUUCCAUGAUUCAAAGAAAGCAGCUGUUGCACCCAAUCAUCAAGCGGAUGAGACUUUAAGCAUGCUGUCUGAAGGAAACCUUGCCAGUGAUGAUAGGCUAACUAGGAACUCUCCAGUCUACCAAGGCUGGUAAUUUGCACAACCAUAGGCCUAGUUCACACAUUCAUACUCCUCACGUGAUGUGAAUAGGCCAGCAGAGAUAGAAAUGUACCGUAUAAUGGUACUAUAUCUGGUUAAAAUAAAUGUUUUUCAAGAUUCAGUUCACAUAGUCAGCUGCCAGUCAUCAAGUGUAUAGCACUCCAGCACAGAGACGAAAGUAAAUAUGUGAUCCCGGCCACAAAGGAAACCUUUUUCGUUUUCCUGUUCUCUUACCUCACUAUAUCACUCUAUUUCCAGUCCUUUUUCUAUACCUCUAGAUGUUCUUCUUGAAGAGGGAGAAAAAAAUAUUUAAAAUGUCUGUGGGAACAAAAACAAAACACAACAUUAAUUUACAAAAGAAAGUCAGUGUUCUUGGGAUUUACUGGAGGGUUCUUGUGAUACAUAAAAAUUAUUAGUAUAUUAGACUUUGGUUUAACUUCUAGUGUAGCCUGUAUGUCUAGUAGAACAUAAUUUUGUUUAGCACACACAUUAUUGUGGGAUCAUCUAAUUCUAGUGACUUUGAUUAGAAACGUAUAUAAUGACUUGCAAUUUGUUAUAUAGUCUUCCUCUUGUGGUAUAUGAAGAGCUUGAUUUGUUGGAGUCAUCUUAUACUUCCCUUGGGCUUUAGUUUAUUUAGUAACUCAUAUUUAUUUUAAUAAACACUAUGGGCACCUUUUGGUA